AUACAAAUCAGAUGUUUAUAAUUUGCACUAGGUAAGUAAGUAACAAAAUAUAACAUAAAUCUGAAGGGAAAAGAUGACACUCUAGCGCAGACUCUGCAGCAGGAGAGUGGCGUUAAUUUUAAUUAAGAAAUUAUAAGCCGCUGAACGGCAGACUAAAAUGAUUCUAUCGGCUCAGGACUGUCAGUGUCCACUAGUGGACGAGGGUAUAUCCCUGGUCAACUCUCCGAUAUGCAGCGGCACUUUCGCCUUCAUGAUGCUUCUGGAAGCAUUCCUUAAGGGGCGCUGUGACAUCGCUUCGCCUUGCAGCAGAAUCCAGUCGCAGGAGAAACUGCGAUCGGAGUACGACUUUAUUGUGGUGGGAGGGGGAUCAGCUGGGGCUAUCGUGGCAGGCAGGCUCAGCGAGAACGACAAGUUUAAGGUGCUACUAAUAGAAGCAGGCGAUCAGGAACCUAUAGGCGCUCGCCCGCCGUCCUUCUACAGAACGUUCUGGUACAACGAGAAUGUAGACUGGAGGUAUCGGACAGUGCCCGACAAUUACUGCCUCGACCAAGACGGGAAAGGAUGCAUGUGGCCGAGGGGAAAAGUUCUUGGCGGGUCCAGCGUGCUCAACGGCAUGAUGUACCACCGAGGGCACGCAGCCGACUACGAGGACUGGGUCGCGGCGGGGGCCGAGGGCUGGUCGUGGGAGGAGAACAAGCCCUACUUCGACAUGACGGAGGGCAACAAGCAGAUCGGCUCGCUAGUGAGCGGGCAAUACCACUCGGGGUCUGGCCCGUUGCCGGUGCAGCAGUUCAGAUACCAGCCGCUAGCCGCGCACGUUCUGCUGCAAGCCAUCAACGAGAGCGGGCUGCCCAUCAUCACCGACAUGAACGAUCCAUCCACCCCCGAUGGCUUCAACAUCGCGCAGACCUUCAAUGAAGACGGCCAAAGGUACUCAACAGCGAGAGCUUACCUGAAACCUCAUUCGGAGAGGCCCAAUCUGGACGUGAGGCUGAAAUCCCACGUGUCCAGGGUCCUAUUCGAAGGCACCCAGGCCACUGGAGUUGAGUUUAUAGAUGAAAAUGGUACAACUCAUACCGUGAAGGCGACUAAAGAGGUCAUAUUAAGUGCAGGUGCACUAAACAGUCCCCAUAUCCUGAUGCUGUCCGGUAUCGGGCCGCGUGAGAUUCUAGAACCUUUGGGCAUCCCAGUGAUCGCUGACUUACCAGUCGGGCAAACGCUUAAGAAUCACUAUGGAAUCACAUUAUACUUCUAUCUGACUAAGCUGAACGAUACCGAGGUGCUUGACUGGAGUGUGCUCACUGAGUAUCUAUUAAACAGGCAAGGACCAAUGACGGGUACGGGUGUAACUCAGCUCACUGGUCUACUUUACUCGAGUCUUGCGGACCAGUCGCGGAAACAACCCGACAUUCAGUUCUUCUUCAACGGAUUCUACGCGGAAUGCUCGAGAAAUGGCGUCAUCAACGAAUACGCUGAGCGCAGUAACGAUGGGAAGAACGUUUCUGCAAACGCAGCGAUCCUCCUCCCCCGGAGCGUGGGCCGCAUGACCAUCAACUCCACGGACCCGCUGACGCCGCCGCUGUUCUACCCCGGGUACUUCUCGCAUCCCGACGACCUCGUCAUGAUCAGGGACGGCGCUAGGUACUUGCAGAAGAUCUUUGAGAGCGAUACCCUAAAGAACAAGUACGGUAUAAAACUGGACAACAAGACGACCGAGCGGUGCUCCGGCCUGGCCGAGUGGUCGGACGACUGGAUAGAGUGCAUGGCGCGCGUCAACACCGACCCUCAGAACCAUCAGAUCGCGACCGCUGCGAUGGGGCUCGUUAUUGACCCCACGCUUAAGGUCUACAACGUUAGUGGUCUUCGAGUGAUAGACGCGUCGUCAGUCCCCACGUUGCCGACCGGCAACCCACAGGCCGCUAUCAUGCUCGUCGCCGAGAGGGGCGCAGCCUUCAUCAAGGACCAGUGGGAAUAAUCGGCAUUCUAAGACAUCGCAUCAUUCUUUCGGACCGAAAUUUUUGAGAUUUGUAAAUACAAUUGUUUAAAAAUUAUAAGUU